UUGUUUACGUUUUAAUCUUGUAGCUAACAUGCUAACCGAUGUUCUCCCGCCGCGGUGUGCUCCUACCGGGACGUUUUCUCGGCUGUCUGGCCUCUUUUAGCCCCCCUGGAGCCGCGGAGCCGAGCCGGUGCUCACCGGCCUUCGUCCCGCUGCUCCGCCGCUCCGGACGGUCCGAACCCCCGCCCGCUGCGGCCGGAGAGUCCCGGAAGGUUCCGAAGAAUCCCGAAGAGUCCCGGAGCUUCGGAAACAGAAAGAUGCCCAAAAAGGUCAAAGGUCAGCAGGCUGCAGUAGCAGCGGGACCAGCAGAAGCAGCGGCUUCAGGCCCGGUGACUCGAGACCGGAGCGGCGCCGUGAGCAUCACCGUGCACGCCAAGCCCGGCUCCAAACACAGUGCCAUUACAGGCGUUUCAGCCGAAGCGGUGGGUGUUUCCAUCGCAGCGCCCCCCACAGACGGAGAAGCCAACACCGAGCUGGUCCGUUACCUGGCCGAAGUCCUGCAGCUGAAGAGGAGUCACGUUUCUCUGGACAAGGGCUGCAGAUCCAGAGACAAGCUGGUCCGAGUGGACUCGUCCCUCAGUCCCGAGGAGGUUCUGAGGAGACUGCGAGAGGCUGCCGGCUGACAGGAGGGGCUCCAGCACCGCUGACCAACAGGAAGGAAACAAAGACUCAUCACAACUGCUCUAGGUUCCAGGUCCUGGGAUGUGGUCCUGGAGCACUACAGGUCUGGGAUUCCAGGACCUGGAACAGUGUUUAUAUGACAGACAUCCUGAUUCUAAAAGACGUACUGCAGUAAGAUCUCAGUGACAGUCUGAGGGUUCAUCAGAUCUGAGACUAAUGGACGGAGUUCCACAGGGCGUGACUCUGGGCCCUGCGUUUUGGUUUUCUUUUUUCUGUUAAGAUUCCCUUAUUUGCACAUUAUCAGAGUCUCAGAUCAAGCUGGACGUCUGAUAAUCUUCGCUGGAUUAUUAUGUGUUGAGAAUAAUCUGUGAGGAGCAACACUGACGAGUUUUCCCCAGAGAUGAAUAAAGUAUUUCC